AUGCGUUUAAAAUAUCAUAAAACUAUUCUUGAACAACAGAAUGGUGCAGCAAAAAUUGCAUCAAUUGCCUGGUCACCAAAUGGUGCGAAAUUGGCAGUCGGCACGCACGAUCGGGCGAUUUUGUUGUUUGAUGAGAAAGGUCAAAGGCGUGAUAAAUUUUCGACCAAACCAGUUGAUCCCAAGUUUGGGAAGAAAAGCUAUCUAAUCAAAAAUGUAAUAUUUUCACCAGAUUCAAUCAAAUUAGCUGUCGGUCAAACUGAUAAUAUUGUAUUCAUUUAUCGACUUGGAGAAAUGUGGGAAGAAAAAAAGGUGAUUUGUAAUAAAUUCUUGCAAUCAUCAUCAGUAACUGCCAUGCUUUGGCCAAAUGAUGAACGGCUUAUAAUUGGGCUUGCUGAUGGAAAAGUUCGACUUGCAUCUUGUCGAAAUAAUAAAUGUUCAACGUUAUAUUGUACUGAUGUCUUCGUUGCUUCAAUUGCUGCCCACCCAAGCUCGAACUCGUUUAUUUCGGGCCAUUCAGAUGGAUCCGUUCUUCUUUAUUCGUUGGAUAAAAAAACCCAAUGUAAAAUAUUCACUCAUCCUUGUAGCCCCUUCGCAUUAGCCUAUAGCGCAAAUGGUAUAAUUGUUGCUGGAUGUGAUCGGAGAGUUGUAUCAUAUAAAAAUGAUGGCAAAAUGCUUCAACAAUUUGAUUAUACUAAGCAGGACGAUGAGAAGGAAUUUAUGGUUGCAGUAAGCGAUUCAUUUGGGCAAAAUAUUGUGAUCGGAAGUUUUGAUAGAAUCCGCUUAUUCACAUGGAACCAACGCCGAGGAGCUCUGGAUGAGGGGAAACCACUCGAGCUUCUUCACCUUUAUACAAUAAGCGCAUUAGCAUGGGGACCGGAUGGUUCGAAAAUAGCUGUGGGAACUUUGUGUGGUAGUGUUGUUAUUAUUGAUUGCUGUUUAAAAAGAUCGUACCUAAAGGGCCGAUUUGAAAUGACCUACAUUGCACCAACAAAUGUACUUAUCCGUGACCUUAACGAUGAUCAUCGUAUCAACAUUCAGUCCAAAAAAGGGAAUUCAAUUGAGGAUAUCAAGAUAAUGGGCCAGAAUCGAUAUAUCGUAGCAUACACUCCAGUUUCAUUAAUUAUUGCUGACAUUAAUACAAAUCGCUCCAGUGAAAUCGACUGGGAAGGUGCGGGAAAUGAAAAAUUUUUCUUCAACGACGAGGAUGUUUGUUUGAUUAUCAAUGCUGGCGAAAUAACUAUAGUUGAAUAUGGAAAUAACAAUGUUUUGGGCUGGGUGCGAACAGAGCUAGUUUCAUCGUAUUUGUUAUCGGUUCGAAUAAACAAAAGAAAUAGAAAGGAUUCCAAACAGAUAAAACGAAUAGCUUACCUUCUCGAUAUCAAUACAAUAUCUGUCGUGGACUUAUUGGCUGAUAAUCAGAUUACACAAAUUGCACAUCCAGUUGCUAUUGACUGGCUUGAGCUUAAUGAGAAUGCUCUGAAACUAUUAUUUCGAGAUAAGCAAUUUCGUCUCAUAUUAGUGGAUCUGGAAACCGAUAAGAAAUUAACCUUAUUGAAUUACUGUACAUACGUGCAAUGGGUACCCAAAAGUGACGUUAUUGUUGCUCAGUUUGGUGAUCAGCUCCAUAUUUGGUACCAAACUGAUAACCCAGAUCAGGUUGUAAUUGUGCAAAUAAAAGGUGAUGUGGAAACUGUAAUGCGUGAUGAAAACAGAACUGAAGAAGCGAAUGCAAAGGUAGCCUACGAGCUUGAUCAAACAGUUAUUGAAUUUGCUUCUGCGCUCGAGAAUCUCGAAUUCAGUAGAGCUAUUGACUUUUUAGAACGAAGAGAUGAUAAUUUUGACGAUGCUUUGUGGCGCCAGCUGGCCAGUAUAGCACUUGAACAGCAAAAGUUAUUUAUUGCACAACGUUGUUUUGCAGCGCUCGGUGAUAUUUCGCGUGUAAAAAUGUUGGCUGAUACAAUACGAGUUGCAGAGCAAAUUAUUAGCGGCAACGGCAAGGAUAAUUAUAAAGUUAGAGUCAAUUUGACUUUGAUGAGGAAGGAUUUCAAAAAUGCGGAAAGAAUUUAUUUGGAAGAAAACCAUCUUUCUGAAGCCAUAGAAAUGUAUCAGAAAUUACAUAAAUGGGAACAAGCACUAGAACUGGCUAAAUCUCAUAAUUAUCCAAAUUUCAACGAGCUCAAAAAUCAAUAUUAUAAAUAUCUAUUUGAGUCAGGACAAGAUGAAAAAGCGGCUGAAAUAUCGGAACAAGAUGGUGAUUGCGUGACUGCUAUUGACCUUUAUCUGAAGGCGAAUCUUGGAAGCCAUGCAGCAAGAGUCCUCCUCUCGCAAGAACAACUUCUUUCUGAUGAAGAAUUAGUUCAAAAAGUUGCGAUAACAUUGAUUCGCACCAAUCUCUUUGAAAAGGCAUGUUUUGCAGGCGAUUUGUUCGAAAAAACUAAGGAUUUUGAGCGCUCAUUGGAAUGUUACAGGAAAGGAAAAAAUUAUUUAAAGGCGAUAAAGUUGGCGCGUAUUAAUUUUCCGGAAAGCGUUGUCGAUUUGGAAGAAGAAUGGGGUAAAUCUCUUAUGACGGAAAUGAAUUAUGAUUCGGCCAUCAGCCAUUUUCUUGAAAGUGGCAAAAAUGCCGAAGCACUGGAUGCAGCCAUCCAUGCAAAACAAUGGGGAAAAGCUGCACAAAUAGCAGAUAUAUUAGAAGAUAGUAACCUUUCGAAACAGUAUUAUGGCAAGAUUGCCGAACAUCAUGCCAGCAUAGGUGACUUUGAGCGUGCAGAGAUGUUGUAUAUUGAAGCAAGCAUGCACCGAGAAGCUAUAGAAAUGUAUAAUAAAGCGAAGCGCUGGUCGGAUUCACAUCGACUUGCAUUAGAAUUCCUUGGCGAAGAAGAAACUUCUAAAAUAUAUGGACGUUUGGCUGAAGAGAUGGAAAACUCUGGCAGGUUGAAGGAUGCCGAACAGCUUUAUAUAUCAACUGGACAAGCAAAUAAAGCAAUCGCUAUGUAUAAAAAAGUGGGCCGCAUAGAUGAGAUGAUGAAUUUGGUUGAAAAAUAUCAUGCGGAACAUAUUCAGGAAACUCAUAAGCAUUUGGCACUCGAUUUAGAAGAAAAAGGUGACCUUAAAGGCGCAGAGGAACAGUAUCUUCUUGCUGGAGAUUGGAAAAGUGCUUUAAAUAUGUAUCGAACAGCUGAGCAAUGGAACGAAGCAUAUAGACUUGCCAAACAAGAAGGAGGAGAAGCAGUUCAGAAACAAGUUGUUUACUUGUGGGCAAAGAGUAUCGGUGGAGAUGCAGCAAUUAAGCUUCUUCGAAAGUUCAAUUUGCUAGAUGAUUCAAUCGACUUUGCCUGUGACAACGGCGCAUUUGACUUUGCUUUUGAAUUAUGUCGUCUUGGAUUGAGUGCUCGAUUUCCCUACGUUCAUCUAAAAUUCGCCGAGCAAUUGGAAGAGGAAGGCGAUUUAGAAAAGGCCGAAAAACAUUAUAUAGAAGCUAAUAAGCCAAAAGAAGCAGUUCUUAUGUAUGUCCAUUGCCAAGAUUGGGAUAAUGCUGAGAGAAUCGCCAAGGAACAUUGCGAAGAAGCUUUAAGUGAUGUUUUUAUGGGCCAAGCUCGAUUGGCUAUUGAAAAUAAGGAUUAUUCCCGUGCUGAAAGUUAUCUUUUACGAGCAAAUCGUGCAGAUAUAAUUCUCCAAUGUUAUAAGGAUUUAGGAAUGUGGCAUGAUGCACUUCGCAUUGCUAAAGAUUAUAUACCAUCGAAUUUAGCUCAAUCGCAGGAAGAAUAUGAAGAGGUUCUACUGAAAUCUGGUGCCAAAGGUGUACAUUCAUUAAUAGCGCAAGCGAAAGAAUUUGAAACCCAAGGCGAAUAUCAACGCGCUGUUCAGUGCUAUCUAAAAGUAAAAGAAACUUCAGAUGCCGAUCUAAUUAUUACUGCUCUAUUAAAGGCUGCUGAUUUAACGAUUAAAUUUCUAGCAGAUGAACAUUUUCAAAUCGUCAGUGAAAUAACUGAGUGCCUUAUGAAGUUUAAACGUUUCAAUGAGGCUGCGAAAAUUUUUAUUGCAACAAAUCAAUUAGAAAAUGCUAUCAAAACUUUGGUACUUGGGAAGCAGUGGAAUAAAGCGAAAAAAAUUGCUGAGGAAUUACUGCCAGAAAUGACUAAUUUUGUUGACGAAAAAUAUAAGGAAUCCUUGAAACUGGAAAAUCGAUUAAGCGAGUUAAUCGAUGUCGAUGCUAUCAGUGCAAUUGACCUUCUAAUUGAGCGAGGACAAUGGCAACAAGCUCUAGAAACAGCUAAAAAGCAAAACAUUAUGCCGUUGACGGAAAAAUAUGCAGCACUCUAUGCCGAGAAUCUAGUCGCACACCACAAAUAUAUCGAAGCCAUAAAAACUUUAGAAAAAUAUGGAAUAUCGAGUAAUCCAAAUAAUUUUGAGAUGUAUCGGAAACUGAUAAUUCAAAUAUUCAAUAAUAGAGAAUUUGAUAGAUCCGAUGCUUACGAAAUAUGGUCUUCUGUUCGCAAUAUGUUGUUAAAUCUUUCAUGUAAUUUGGCUGCUGAUCAUGAAGUUACUUCUGAUGAUAAAAUAAUCUUCGAGAGAUAUUUAAAAGCUGCACAUUAUAGCGCUCUUCGUUGUGCACUUAUGCAGUAUAAUAAUGACGAUAUGGAACAAAUCAUUGAACAAAUAAAUAUUAGUCUCCUCCGAUAUAGUGACCUUGUUCGAGCUGAUAAACUUUUUUAUAAUGCUGGAAUAGCAUGCAGAAAAAAAGAAAAUCGGGAAAGACUGGCGUUUAUUUUCCUAAAUCAUUAUUUGGAUUUAUGUGAUGCAAUAGAAGAGCGAGAUCCAUCUGUUGUGGAUACAUCACUUUUUGAAGGAACGGAUAUACCACAAGAAAUAUCGCUUCCGGAAUCGUUGCUCUUAUCGAAUGAAGAACAUGAAGAGGUGAAAGAGUGGAUACUCGCAAUAUCAGUGGAGAAAGAUAUGGAUCGAACAUUACCGCUUGAUAAAAAUGGAAACUUCGAAAGCAGUCUUACUGGUGCAGAUGGUACGACAUAUCCGCCUUGUAUUAUAUCAGGAUAUCCAGUGAAAAAAAUGAAAAAAUUUGGUUUAUCACCUAUUGUGGCAGAACAAGAUAUUUGGGAAAAAUUAGUGAUAACUCAGAAAACUAAGCCUAUGGAGAAUAUUGGUGAUGUUUUACAAUUCGUUACACGAUGGACGACGAUCACGCCAUCAUAA